GGAGAGAUGCCUUUGCAUUUUGCCUUUGACAUUCUACAUGCUACAUUCUCCGAAAGACUCCAUUAGUCUACCGUCCAGCCUUGUACAAUCGCUCCUCACGAAGCUUCACGAAACAGCCGCCAGUUAGCUUAACGCAAAUCUAGCAUUCCCACCUUCCCGGACGAACCGGACAAUUGAACCUUCCGAUUCCUGAUCGGGACUUCAGGCCACUUUCUCUUCCCGUCGGAGUAGGGAAGACCUACUUGAGUAAACAAGCAAGAUGUCUUCCGACGAAUCGGACUUUAUCGAGUCCAACUCUGAUUCCGAGCUCGAUGGUCUCGAGGUCGACACCCGAAUGCACGAUGGGCCCAGCAAGGGCAAGACCAAAGCUGAUCCCCGGCGCAAGCGGAUGGUACUAGCUCGAUCUCUACCGUAUACCACUGAAACGCUCGAAGAGAUGGAUGCAAGACUGGAACAUAUCGCUGGCAGAUUAGUGGACUGCAUCGAAGCGGGUGAUUGGGAGUACCCCUUUGCUUACUGGACCAGAAGACUACAAAACUGGAUCGGCCUACGGUAUCCGAUGAAGAAGAAGAUGAGGGUACGAUUGGGAGCAUUAUUCUACGAACUGGCUGUCAUGCCUGGUCUCGAUCCUCAAGCCAUGGGAAUCGCCGCGGACAUGGUCCGAAGUUUGCUCAAGCCACAAAAGCUCAUCUCGAUUGAAGAUCUACGCCUGCCAUGGAGGCCGCUUCACGACCUGCUAGUCAAGGAGCUGUUCCCGAAACGUCGAAAGGUCGGACACACCAACGUUUCGAACCUAUUGCUCGAUAUGGCAGAGGUAGCGCAACGUUUCUUCCAUCCGUCUGAGUACGAGGAGAUGCUGUCGGUAAUCUUGCCUCGCUUUGUGGGAGACGACGUCGAUUCCAUCCUUGCGACCCAAGCUUUCGUCGUGCACUUCAUGCCAUACUCGCACCCUCAACUUUGGCUGCCAACCAUGUGGAAAAUAUGGGAUGGUAUCAAUAGCGGUCUUUACGAUGAACAAAUGCUUGACCUCCUGGCUGUUCUGACUAAGCGUCAUCUGAACCCAUCUUUGUCGAAUCCAAAGCGAUUAGAAGACAUCCCCAAGUCUAUGGUGAAUGACGUGCAAGAAGACGAGGUACCCCUUGAAGGUGACGAGAUGGACCUGGACGGUGUGGACGCCGAAGAGGACAUCGCCAGCAAGGAUCCCAGUUGGCAAGGCAUCCGAAAGGAGAUCGGAAUUUUGACUGAGAUCGAAUUUCAGACUGUGAUGACCAAGUGCUUGCGAGCGAUGGGCACUCCUGUGGGAGGUUCUGUCGCCAGUGCAGCGGCCGGCGCCAUGGCACCCAUGGAUGCCUUGGCGAGCAAGAACAUUCUAGCUAUGAGGAAACCGACGAACAGAUUGUUGUCUCUGGCUGAGAUCAUCGUAUACUCGAUGGCUGAAGACGCUCCUGCCAAGCCGAAUUCAAGUGUGGCUACUCCUGGCACAGCUACACCUCAACAUCAAGCUCUGAAGAGGGUCAAGACAGAUCGGAAUGGUCUACACUCGAGUUCCAGUUCCGACAGCUUGGCUGACGCUGGUAGAAAAGCUGACGCGACCAAGACUUAUCUCGGAGGAUCUCGAUCGCUCGAACAUCUCGCUAAGCUUAUUACUAGCUGCGAAAGCUUCUUCCACCCAUCGAAUCACGGAGCAUGGUCACGCGUGCUCACGACGUUCAUCCAGGACCUGGCUUGGCUGUUUCUGACCCGUUGGAAGCAGGAGGAACUGCCGGACUGCAAGACACCUCCAGAGUGGAGACUUACGCCAGCGAUCAGACAAGAAUUUGUCCUCUGUCUUCGACCCGUGGCUUUGAUGAGCAUCUUUUCGAAGGAUUCUACUGCGGGUGGAGCCAGUCGAUCUUGUCUGAAGACGUUGUCGGUGCUUGAGCCGGAACUCAUAAUACCGCCCAUCAUCGAGCGAGCGAUCCCCAGUCUGACUAAUCUAGAAGAGACGGCAAGGACAAACGCCGUGAUCAAGACGCUUGGGGCUGUCUCCUGGUCGAUGACCACAAGGAGUGUGUCCAAAAGCGGUCAGAAGCAGAUUCCGAGCAUCCUCGAGCUUGUACUGCCUGGUAUCGACAUGAAUGAUCCUGGCAAGACCCUAUCGACCGUGCUCUUCCUCAUGAACGCGAUCCAGCACAUCCGCCUCGAAGAGCUCCCUGAGGAGGUUCCUGAAGGUAUCAUCGCCGGUCCUCGAAAUGCUGAACCCCGGGCGGAUCUGGCCGUUGACCUUAAGGAAGAUGAGGAAGAUUCACCGAUGAUGAGCUCAGAGGAAGAGGAUAUGUACUUCAGGCAAUCGACCGCUGGUUUCUCGGCAUGGGUGACGGAUCUGCUGGAGCGAAUCUUCAAGCUCUACGACAACAUGCCUGAAGUCAACGAAACCAGUAGCUUGAAGGCAGGGAUUUCGAGUGAAGAGCGCAUCGUCGGCUUUGUCAAUGCACUCAUGGACUCUAUCAUCAUGAACUUGUCGAUCGCUGGCACGGAGAAGAUCAUUGAUAAAGUCUUUGACCAUGUAACGACUACCGUCAGGUCUAACUCUUUGCGAGUUAUCGGCGGUCUGGUUUUGGCAUGUUCGAACGCCAACCCGGCGUACACGCUCAAGAAGUUUGUACCGCUGUGCGCCGAGCGUAUUGAAUCCGAGCUUAGCUCUGGAGCAGGUUCUCGGCGCACUCUAAACUCCACCAUACCAAUCGCAUCCGAUGUGGCGCUGCAGUGGCAUGUGGCGCUCCUUGUCGGAGCGGUGUCGGGAGCUUCCAUAGAGCUUGUGGAUCACCAAGAAGCGCUACUUUCCCUGUUGUCAAACUUGAUGGAAAAGAGCCUGUCCGAGGCAUGUUGGUCUUGGGCUGGAAAGCUGAUGGAGAAGGUCAUCUUCAACAUGACGACAGUCUUCCCCUACGAAUCUAGACUCGUCAACCCCGAAGAAUGGAACUCGGAAGACUUCAAGUACAACCAUCACUUGUAUUGGGGAAAAACUUAUCGUCUGGCAGACGUUCAGGUCGAUUGGCAUCUUCCUGCAGACAAUGAACUCGACUUCGUAUCAAAGCUAUUGACAAUGUGCUCGUCAAUGAUGGACAAGCUCGAGAGUCUUCUUCAAAGCCCCUCGUCUUCACUUCCAUGGAACAACGAUUUCUGUCGAUACAUCUCUCACAUCCGCUUCAGCAUUGGCGCUCUAUCUCAGGCAUGGCAGGAACACAGCGAGCUCAAGACGGGCGGCGAAGAGCACUCGGCAGCGCCCGACGUCCCGCGUGCAUUCAUCGAUGCACCCGCGCCUUACAAGAGCGGAACGCCCUUGAACGACCCCAAUUCAGAUAUCUACAAGCAAAUGCUUGCGUAUCGAGCGCGAUUUGGGAACAUUCUGCACAAGGCAAUCGCCAUCUUCCGAAACGACGAUGAAGACAGCUCCAUCGACGCGAUGCGGCUUACGGUACGAUCCAUCGGGACCCUGAUGAGCAGGUACGGUGUGGAGCAGAAAUCCUACGCCAACAUGUGGAAAGGUCACGUUCAUGUGGAAAAGCAAGUGCGAUCAUGGAAAGCGCAAAAGUCGCUUCCUCGAUCGAUUUGGAUCCGUCGUAUGGAGAUCUACCACGCUGGUCGCCACCGGUUGAAUGCCCAGCGCCGUGUACGCUCGGAGCUCGACGAUCUCCUCAUCAGGGACUUGGUGAUGCUCUCCAUAUCUCCCUUUGUAAAGAUCAGGAGGAGCGCUCAGGUGGCACUGGGCUCGCUUUGCGUGUCUUACGAAGGCACAGCUCCCAUGGUCAUUCCCCUCGUGCUUCCCUCGCUAGCGGUCGGCACCGAUCCCGAUAUUAUGAAGGGCGCUCUCUACGUGUUGGGCUUCUCUUCCCUCUUAACGUUUGCGCUGGACGAUGCGCGCUUCUUCACGCCUUAUAUGAUGACGCUUCUCAAGGCGCAGCAUCAGGAGAAGCCGACGAUUCAAACCAUCGUAGGGAAUCUUUUGGACGAUGCCAUCGACCUGAUACGAGAGCCAAGUACCAUGAUGAUGGGUCAACAAUGUGGAGCUGGAGCUCAAUCUACCCUGAAAUUGCUUGCCGAGGAUCUACCUGGUGCUUCUUUGGACCUCGAACUGCGACAAGCAUUGGCCAGAGGCGUUGUAGCGUCUCGCGAAUAUCGAGACAAGGCGUAUCACGCCUUGAUCCCGCAACUGUUGGAGCUUUGUCAGGAUCCAGCGACUCACUGGAAGUACGUAGUCACCACCGCUCGACUAAUUCGGCAUCUAAUGAGACGAGACGUGGCGACAUCGGGAGCUGUUGCUGGUUACAUGGUCAGCAAGAUUCCCGAUCCGCAACCGGCUCUUCGUAGUCACGCGCAGAUCGCUACCACCCGUCUGCUGUACAUUAUCAAACUCCGCACUCUCUGUAAAGGAUCGGACGAAUCGCUUUUCCUUCAGAAUGGGAAGAACCCACUUAAGCGUUGGACCAAGCCUGAUGCUAAUGGAGGAAAUUUCACCCAAGAGUAUCUUGACGCUUUCCGCAAGCCAGUCGAUGAUCACGCAGAAGAGGAUCAAUGGAUGCAGGACAAGAGUUCCGUCGGCUGGCUCUGCUGGGGCGAAGAGGUAGCUCAAAGUAGACUUGCCAAAUGGGACGAAGAAGCUUUCGAGUGGGAAGAGGCUUCGCAGGAGGCGAUUGCAGCGAUGAAGGUCUAUGUCGACGAUCCCGCUUGGUGGAAAUCAGUUUCUGACAACUGGGCUCAAGAGAAGACUCGAACCUAUCUCUCUGGAGACAAUAUUGACUUGCUCCGAUCUCUGUGCCAGAUCUACUCAGAUCUGCCUUUCCAGCACCUAAAGCCGGUCAUGGAGCAGUUGCUAGAAACAACAGACAAGGACAAACAACGCGCGCUCGCCGAGAUUUUGUCGGGUAUUCUUCGAGGCAUGAAACACUGGUCGGGCAAGGCGAGGGCUGGUCUGUGGGAGUGGCUCGUCCCCCGACUGCCCAAAAUCUACAAUUCAAUCCGUCCAGACACCUUUGAAUACUGGAAGAUGUGUUUCGAGCACGUGCUUUUCCAACGCGACCCUAGGCGAGUACAGCCGUUGGUGGACUAUUUGCUCGAGGUCGGACGAUCAGUCGAUUACGCCAACGGGUCGGCAUUCGAGCUCAAAAAAGCCGUAUCGAUGACGUCGUCCUUGGUCCGGUGCUUCGGUUGGCGAUUCGAACCAUGGGCGGACGAGUUUAUCGACAUUUGCUUCAAUCAAGCCAGCAGUAGCGAUUUUGUCGAGGUUCGAGGAAUCGUCGCUAGCAAUAUCUUAUGUCUCGACAACGUUCGAUGGCACCCAUCAUACGACUCGCCGCGCAGUUUCCUGCGAGACUGUCUGGACAACCCGGAUAAGGACAUCAUGGGAAAGCAAGGUCUCCUCAUGCCCCAGUUCAAAGCGUUGUCUGCCAAACUCCCGGGAUGGCGAGCCGAACGUCCGUCAGGCCCGCAAGCGUCGCUCUCGCUGUACGAUCGAACCGCCGGGACGAUUCUUCGAUGGUUUUAUUCGGGUCUGUCGGACAUUCACGCGCCUGCUGUUUUCUCCUAUGUCUUGCCUAUCCUGCCUGAGAUCUUCCAGAUGAGAGAAAUGGUCGAUUCGAAGGACCUUCACCAAAUGGCCGCCUUUGUCCUCGUCUUCGUGACGGCCAUUACGCCACCUAUCGAGUUUGUCAAACCGUUGGUCGAGUCUCUGCUCAAGACCUUGAGGGAGUCGCCAUCAUGGAAAGUCCGACUACACGCCCUGCCCAUCCUCAGUAUCGUCUAUUACCGCGAACUGCCGCUGGUAGACGAGGAGAUGGCCGCCAAGAUCAUGGAUGUCCUUGCACAAUGCAUGCACGAUGAUAAUCAGGAAGUUAGGGAGACGGCUGCUGCCACGCUGUCGGGAGUCUUGAGAUGCUCUCAAAGGGCCAGCAUCAACGUUCUCAAGGAACGAUUCGUACGGGAGGUCAAGGCUUCGAAAUUGCCUCGGAAGCGGGACGCUGCGGGCAACUUGAACCCCAACUAUCAAGCUGCCGUUAUCAAGCUGCAUGGCGCUAUUUUGGGUAUAACCGCACUCAUCGAAGCGUUCCCCUACACGAUCCCCAAGUUUUUGCCCAACCUGCUGUGCGAUAUUCUGGCGGAACACGCCUCGGACCCAACGCCGAUCAGCUCGACCAUCCGGGCGUGUGCGGCCUCGUUCCAGCGAUCGCAUGCGGAUACUUGGCACCAGGACAAGUUGAAGUUUACCGAGGAUCAGUUGAGCAAUCUGAGCUUUGUCAUUUCGGGAACAUCGUACUAUGCAUAAACACAUCAAGCCCGACUCCAAGGAUCCCACCGACUCGUCAUCGUUUUUCAGAAUUGUAUCUCUACCGGACCUCGAUGUACUACUGUUUCAUCUAUGCAAAAGCUAGUGUCAGCAAUCAACGAUCAUGUCAUGA